AUGGUUUUUCUCUGUGGUUAUAGCAGAAGUACAAGCUUCAAAAGUGGGACAAGCAGGGAAGAUAUUAAGAAAGCCAGUGUUCAACAGAUCUAUAAAUUAAAUAUUAUGCAGAACCUUGGACCCCUUCCUAAUGAUGUUGUACUUAUUAUGAAACUUCACUAUUAUAAUGAGGUAAUCUCACAUAAUUACCAGCCUCCUGGAUUUCAAGAAGGGGUAAAUUCACACUUCCUGUUGUUUGACCAAGAGCCUGUCAGCCUGGAAGUGGGACUGGUCUCCUCUGGCUUCCACAGCAUGAAUGUAAAAGUCACAACUGAGGCCACCGGAGUGUCUGAUUUGGAGAACAAUCUCUAUCAGGAGGACAACUCUACCAAGAUGGCCCCUCAAGGUCUAGACUGCCAAGAAGAAGAAGAAGAAGAAGAAACAGGAAUUCAAAGAAUGGAAUUUGUGUAUAGUCAGCAGAAUUCGGAGAGCUUCAGGAAGAAGAGGAAGAGCAGAGAACAAAGGAAAAUCUUUAUGCCUAACAGAUAA